AUGGGAUUCAAAUUGAAAAUUCAACAAAAUCAAAAAUGCUUAAAAGAUACCCACUACUAUGUUAAACAGGAUUUUCCGAAAGAAGUGCUGAAAAAACGUAAGGAAUUACAGCCCCAGUUGAAGGUGGAAAGAGAAGCAGGCUUUCUUCCUCUUCUCUUCGCGGAGCGCAGCAGCUCGCAACGCUCCCCUCCUCUGGAAGAUGACGCUGCAGAACUCUUUCGCGAUGCUCCUCUCUAUCCUCCCCUACGUAAUGACAUAUCCUCACAAGAAAAUUCCGACCUCACAGAACAAACCCACCUUACAUACGAUACGGAGACCAGUAUCGAAGAAAAUAACCUCCUGGUUACUCCAGAGGAGUCUAAUUUAGAACUACAACAUAAUGGAUUAGAAAAUAUUGACGUAACCAAUAACUUUGAAAAUAGUUUCGAGAAUAGUGAAAACUCUGUUCAUACAGAUAUUCAAGAACUAUUAUUUCAUGAUGAUUCUAAAGAAGACGAAAACUCCUUAAAAUCUUCGUUUUUAAACUAUCACGAUGUGACUAGCGAUGUUUUUGAGGCAUCAAGAGAUACUGACGAAAAUUCAGAAAACAUAAGCUUUUUUACCCCUAUCAUUUCAAAAAAGGCAAAUAGUAAUGUAUAUAGAAAAAUUUGGGAAACAAAAGCAUAUAUAAAUAAUUUUACAAAAAAACAUGAAACGUCUGAAAAUCAAAAUAGCAUACCAAAAUUUUUUAUUUUGACUGAUAAGCCUAAAAAAUACGUAGAAAGUAGUAUAUUAGUAGCAGCUGAAAGUUCAGACGUAAAUUCAGAAAAUACUAUUUUAAUGACAUCCGACAAAAAUAAAGAAGGCGAGGCUGGAAUAUUAUUAACACCAGAUAUUAAUAAAACGAUUAAAGAUUCUAUUUCGAAAUCAGAUGAAGUUACUGUCGAGGAUGAAGAUGUAUCGUUAGUGACAACACAAGAAUCGGAGAAAAUUGCUGAAUUAAAUCAAAAUAACAACGACAGAGUAAAAGCGAUUAACGAGUAUUCAGAAACAAGUCAAGAAAGAGUAAAACGUAGUCAGGACAGGGAUACAUCACCAAAGACGACUUCCCGUCGCGUUAAAACUGGCGACACAAUCCUCAACAUUCGCGGUGCCGUUCGCGAUGCAAUCGGAGACGCUGGAGCCGCGCCGGGACCGCGUCCUUCUACUCGCCUCGACGCGUUUGUCAUCCGACCGGAGCCUGCACCUCGCAUGCCCAUGAGUGAUGAGCCCCGCCCCGACACAGAUGAACCGGCGCCAAAACCUGUUACAUCUCCACAGAAGCAAGAGCGGGAAUUACUCGUGGCUGCUCAUUCCUACGUUCGCAUUCCUUGUGACCUUGUUAACGUCACCAAUUUGCGUUGGUACAAAGAUAAUGAGCCGGCGAUACUGUCUUCAACGCUGCCCGCUGCGGAAGGCACGGGUGCGGACGGGUCCCUGCACAUAGCGCGGGCUGCGCGUCCUCACGCAGCUCGCUGGCGCUGCGCCGGCCUCGACAGCAAGGGCCGCGCUCGUGCCGGCAGACCCCCGCGACUUCUUAUACAUGAACCGGUGCGGUCGGUGUACUUGGCUGUGGACGGCAGACGGCUAGACGCUGGUAACACGUGGGUUCCCGUUCGAGAUAAGACAGUGCUGGAAGUGCGCUGCGUUGCCGAGGGUGGUGUCCCUCCUCCAGAUCUCUCUUGGCGACUUCUUGCUCUGGAGCCGGCAUUGGAUCAUCGACCUUAUCUACGAGUUUACCAGACUAAUAGCUCUAUAGAGGGUGUGCACUGGUCCCGAGCGGUGGUAACGGUGGCACGUGAGCUACACAACGCGACGCUACGCUGCGCCGCCACUCAUCGCCGCGCACCCCCCGCCGCACCCCCCGCUGCACCCACCACCGUACCCACCGAGGCGUCGCACGAAGCGCCCUCCACUGCCCCGCACGCCGAGUACGACGAACUGACUGCUAAGCUAGAGAUACACGUCACUUAUCCACCGUCGUUCGUGAUCUCGCGCUGGCCAGGAUUCGGCAUCUCGUUGCGUGCAGGCGGCGCGGCGGCGCUUCGCUGUGAUGUAGACGCCAAUCCGCCCGCGCGCGCCUACUGGCUGCGAGACGAAGACCGCCCGCCCAGCAGCUCUCCUGCGCCACUGGAGGCGGCGGGUCCAGAAGCCCGCGGUUCAGCCACUCUGCGCUGGGAGACGUUGCGCGAGUCCCACGGUGGCUGGUACCGUUGCAGGGCUUCCUGGCUUGACGCGGAGUACUCUUCCAUCGGUUACUACCUCAAUGUCUUGUCCGCCGAGGAUCCACAGUCGCCAAGUGAAGUUGAAGCCAAUAACGAAGAGCCUGAGCAUCAGAAAGUUGACGUCCCUUUGGGAGGCAAUGUGCAAUUGCACUGCCCAAAAGGCAGCGUAGGUUGUUGGUGGAGACGCAUCGUAGGCAACGCCAGUGAGACUUGGGCACCGGCUGGAUCCCAUCACGCGCACGGUGUUUUGGGUAUUCGGGGCGCGCUGUACCAGGAGGCUGGCGAGUACCGCUGCGUGGGCGCGCGUGGGGCAGACCUGCAGCGCAUGCGCGACUUGAAGCGCGUCACACUCCGAGUCACUGGUGGUGCGACGGCGACAGCACUGAGCGCGAGCCCGACGCCGGGCGGCUGGCGGCUGGAGUGCGGCGCGUGCGGGCGCGGUGUGCGCGUGCUGUGGCUGCGCGCCGCUCGCGCCGAGCCCGCGCGCCUCGCGCCCGACGCCGUGCCCCACUGCCACCGCGCCGUGCUGCACCUGCCCGAGCCCGACGAGGUGUGGUGUGCAGCAGUGACAGCGAGCGGGGGUGCAGUGGCGGUGUUCCCGCGCCGCGCCGCGCCAGCGCCUGCUCGCCACGCCGGCCGCGCGCUGCCCUCGAGUGCUCACUCGCACUCGCGCGGACACGAGCUACUAGCACUCUUACUUCUCAACUCGCUCUCUAUGUACACCCUCAUCUCUAUGGUUUAA